UUCUCGAUGGCUAAAAGCCACGUCGUUCUGUGUCGGACAACAUAACCAAUAAUAAUAAUAACAAUCUCUGAUCAGUGUCCGUCCGGAACUGUAGUGUUGUGUAUUGACGUUUUAUUUAUUUCUUUAUCAUUUUUCGCGAAUUAUUUUGUGUUCAUCUCUAAAAAUGUCAUCAGGUGGCUGGGAGGUGGUUGGUAAGAAUAAGAAGGACAAAGUAGCUGGACGAUCUGCAAAAUUAUCAAAGGCAGAGAAGAAGAAAUUCAUUGAAAAUGCACCAAAAGUUGAGGAUUUUCUUCCUCUCAACCAGGUGAAGACACUCUACGACAAUUUAGAUGGUGAUAAAGAGAAUAAAAAGCCAAAAGAGAAAGAUCUUAGAAUUAAAGGCAAUGACGAGAAAAAGAAACAGCAGCAGCAGCAGCAGAAAUCAGUACAAAAUGACAAGAAGAAGUUGCAGGUCAAGGAGAAGCCUAAAGGAAAACCAUCCAAGUUGGCGGAGAAAAAUGGAUUAACUGUAGAAAAAAUUACGGAGCUUUUAGAAACAAACAGAACAAGAUUUCCAGAUGCUCCCUUAAUUUGGCUCAAGGACCUGGUAGCUUACGUUAACGCUACAGUUUCUCAAGAAAAAUCACCCUCGACUGUACAGGCGAUAUCAGACACUCAUCCACUGAGUUUAAUCCCAAAGUCAAUUCGAACAAUUUUCGAGAAAGUUAUCAAAUCAGUUGGGCUACAAAAUAUUCAAAUGUUCUACGAGGGGACACUUCAUCUAAUGGUGAAGAACAUGUCGAACGAUAGUCCAGAUAUGGGGAGCAAAAUAUUUUUGCAAUUACUAGGGCAGAUGUACCCCGAGAUAACAAUGUCAAAUAUUGAAAAACAUAUUGGUCUGCGAAACUCGUAUCAGAAUAAGAAGUUAAUCGGUUUUUCACUACUCUGGGCUCUCUCUCAACCGGGCUAUAAGAAUUUGGGAGUAGGAUUGACUCUCUGGCAUGAGGUGAUGGCUCCUAUGUUGGAAUCAAAAACUUACGCUAACUAUGUUAUGCAAAUACUGAAGAACACUCUCUCUACUCAUACAAAUUCCAAUAAUUUGACACAACCCAUGUUCAUACAAAUUUUUGACGACUUGUACUCCGGAAAAAUAAAUAUUUCCACUUCAGUUGAGAGGGAGAUAAGAGAAUGUGGAGAAUUGCUGAAGACAGUGGCCAUGAAGAGUUCUCACAUCAAUCACGCGUUACUGUUUGAGAAUUCAAUGGAGAGAAUUACCUCCAAGACGCAUCCAACUUUUAGGGACGAAUUAUUGAAGAUAAUGACAGCCUGUAUUGUUGCUAAGCCUGAGUGUCUGGCUUCCUGGAUCAAUCUACAUGCCAAACAUCUUUAUCAAUCAGAACUACUCCUCAAACAAUUAGAUGACGAGUGGUACGAACUUUGCACUCAAAUUCAAUUCAGUGCCUUAAGACGUGGCCUCAAAACACUAGGUUCCAUGGAAAUUCGAACGAAAAAAGGAAAAGAAGAGGCUUGUGUGGCUGCAUGUCGGAAACGUGCACAGGAUUUGUCGCGCAAAAUGACGUCGUCAUCGAAGAAACAAGAUUCUUUCCCGUGGAAAAAAGGCUCGUUGUUGCUUCUUCUUCUCAUUGGUGCUGUUGUUGCCUAUGAUUGCCGGAACCAUGGCUCUUUCAAAGCUUCCAUCACAGGCAGAUUGGUGAAAACGAGUGGCGCUGCUGGAUAUAUGCAAAACGCUUUUGCCGCUGCGAAAUUUUAUUGCGACCAGGGAUUAGUCUACUUGGAGGCGGCAUCGCCUGAGUAUUACAAAGUUGUUGCUGAUUCAACUAAGCAGUACUCCAAAUUGGCUGGGGAUUUCUACCUCGUUGGAAGGGAUUUAAUUGUGAAAUUCUACAAUGAAACUGCCGACUACGUCGAGCUCAACAGACCUAUCUUCUGGGCCACCAUUGAUGAGUAUUGUCCAGGAUUAAUUCCGACAUUCCAGUUAGCUACACGCAAAACACUAGAAAUUACCAAGCACUAUUCUAUUUUGGCUGCUGACAGCAUCGUUGGAACAUCUACGAGCUUUAUUAAAUGGCUAGAGACUAGGAUUUUUGUAGGAAAUUGGAGUCCAGAGAAUAUUAGGGGUUACGCGUGGAAAGCAGUGGAUUCAACUCAAGAAUACGCGUCCCAAACUUACGAUUGGGUGUACGAUAAAGUUCAAACUCUCUCAAAGGUCCGAUAAACAGCCAAAAGUGCAAGAAAAUAAUAAUGAAAACUUGUGUGUGGAUGUGCAGAUGGUGAGAAGAAGCCGUUGAAAAAUCUAAUACUAGACAUUUGAGGAGAGAAAAAAACAUAAAAAUGUAGUAAAAACUCAUCUUAUGUUUCUGCAUUUAAUUGAAUUUAUAGAAAUAACGACUAAUUGUUCAAUCAAUUGAAUAUGUAUAUCUCUGGGAUCAUUGCGACAACCAUUUUACCUGUGAUAUUUCAAAGAACAGAAAAAUUUAUAGUGUCUCAUGAAAUAUCUCGUGUUAUUAGAAUGGUGCCCCUUUCAUGACCGUGAACUAAUGACUAAAAACAGUAAAAUAAAUAUGGAUAAAUUAUUA